CAAUAAACGCGCACACCCGCAGUCAGGCGGCUGCAGUCAUCGACGAAUCAAACAGUCACGGGCAGUCUGCGUUGGCCGAUCGAUCGCAACGCACGCGCCACGCGUGUACCUCUUUUUGACUUUUCCGACGCGGACAUUCCAAUGUUCGUACGAACGGGCGCAAGGAAAAACCCCGCGUUUACAAAACCCCCCAAGCGAACGACCAGUGCAGUGUGUCCCCAGGUGUGUGUGUGUGUGUGUGAGAGAAAGAGAGACCCUCAGAGGGGGAAGUAGAAAACCCCUAAAACAGGCAUAGCAUACCAAAAAAAACACACAAAAAUGCCGUACAGGGCAUUAGCCUCGGUGCGGAAGGUACCGUUCCGGUUGCUGUUGCCGCUUGGCCUGCUGCUGUGCGUGUGCGGAGGGGCUCUGGCCGAACCGGCCGCCCAGAACACGAGCGGGCUGUCGAAGGCCGUCAGUGAACAGUUGGUCGGCGCGAUCAACGAUCUGGCACGGACGCUCGGGGUAAUGGCCGGCCGGGGCGGCAGCAGCAGCAACAGCAGCAAGACGGAGCUGUUCUCCCCCGUCAGCAUCGGCAGCAUGAUGCUGCUGCUGUUGCGUGCCGCGAACCGGGACACGCGCCACGAGCUGCUCGGUGUGCUGCGGCUGGAGCAGUACCGCAAGCCCGGCAGUGGCAACAUACCGAAAAACUAUGCCCGUCUGCUGAAGGAGUUUACGCGCGAUAUCGGCGGCAAGGGCAUACUGAAGCAGCUGCCCGGGUGGCACGCGGGCGGCAACUGCUACCCACCGUCGGAGGGGCUCGAGGACGAGGAGUACGAUGAUGAUCAAUACCUUGAGGAGCCGAUCGAACCGAACGUGGUGCAGCUUGCCAAUGGGAUGUUCCUGCAGCAAGGCCUGAUCAACAGCAGCAACUUUGUGCGGCUUGCCCGCGACCUCUAUCAAGCCCAGAUCGAGCAGGUUAACUUUAAGGAGCGCCCGGAUCUGGCCCGCAACACCAUCAACCGCUGGGUGAACGAAAGUACGCGGGGCCGUAUCGGGGAGAUCCUGCUGGACGAUCCGGACCCAGGCACGCAGAUGAUCGUGGCCAAUGCGCUCUACUUCCGCGGAACGUGGGAAACGUUCUUCAACGAGCCACAGUUUACGCGCCCGCAGCCAUUCUUCCCCGAUGGGGAGGAUCAACCGUCGAUCCUCGUGCCGACCAUGUUCGCCAGCGGUUGCUUCCCGUACUACUCGUCGCCCGAGCUGCAGGCACGCAUUAUGGCCUUUCCGUACCGCAACCGGACCACCUCGAUGUACAUCGUCCUGCCGAACGACUCGAACCGGGCCCGGUUGCGGCAGCUGCAGGCGAGCCUCUCCUCGGCCGAGCUCGAUCGGCUGAUCGGGCAGAUGAAGAUGCACAAAGCGAUCGUACAGUUUCCCCGGAUGCAUGCGAGCAACACGUACGACCUGAAGGCGGCACUGCAGCAGCUCGGCGUGCGAAAGCUGUUCGACAGGACGUCCAACAACUUGAAGAUAGUGAGCGGCAAGAGCAAUGCUAAUGGGGCCGAGGCGAGAGCGAAGGUGAAGCUGUACGUCAGUGAGAUGGUGCACAAGAUCGAUCUGGAGAUUAACGAGCGGGGCACGGAGGGAGGCGCUGUGACGAUCACGGCAAUGGAACGAUCCCUGCCGCCGGUUAAUUUCCGUGUCAGAGGACCGUUUCUGAUUGCGAUACGGCACGAUCCGACGAAGAUGCUACUGUUUUACGGGGCAGUAUUCGAUCCGUCGUAAACGGGCGAGUUUUUACUGCGAUUUGAUGCUCCGAAAUGCUUUCUUGCCUUUGCUGGAAGAAGAAAUCCCCAGUUUUUGUUGGGAUCAUUAGGAUCAGCUCGACGUGGAGUUGUGAUUGUGGGAAACAGUGUCUAUAGUAUGAUAAGUAUGACAAUAUAGGUAAAGUUAAGCGCUAUUAAUAGACUGUACAACACAAAACAACAAACAAGCUACAUGAAGGACAUAUCCGGAAAAUAGAAUGAUACUUUUUUUAACAGUGA